CAUAAGAGAAUUCUUCCUAACCUCAAUUUUAACAUAAUCUUGUCCGCUCGCAAAAUAAAAACCGUGGGAUGGUGUCUUAACCAAAUUGAAAAUCGAUCGUCAAAGGUGUUAAAACGCUCGGUGUACCUUAAUGUAUGGCCUUUAAUUAGGAACGACACGAUGGAGGAAAAGACGGGCCGUCUCGAGGAAACUGGCGUCAACGAUGUCGACGUGGAGUCAAAAGCAAUGCUAAAGAAAAAAUUGCAAAUGAAGUCGGAAGCGCUCAUGUGGCUGAGCCAGGAGAUGGACGAGUGUAGGACACAACGGGAUCAGUUCAAGCUGAUGGCCGAGCAAGUUCAGGAAAGGUUUCUGUAUCUGAAGAAGCAGAUGUGCGAUAUGAAGGAAUUAAACAGGUGUUACAGUUUGGACGACGAUUUUAGAACCUUCGAUCUCCUGACAGAAGCACGAGAGCAAAACAAGUGCCUCAGGCUACAGGUCGAAACGUUGAGGCAGAAGCUAGGGGAUGCUGAGGAUGACAUCAAGGUGUUACGUGUGAAUAACAGUCGUAUACCAGUUGAACAGCAAGAAAUUCAAUUAGCGCCAGCCAUGCACCAAAGGGAAGAAAUGAUAGAACAGUUAGAGAAGCUAAAUUUAAAGUGUUCACAGUUGCAAACGGAUCUACAAAUGGUAUUAGAUGAGAAACACGAGCUGGAGAUGGAAAGGGAUGCCUUUAAAUGUAAGGCGCAUCGUUUGAAUCAUGAGCUGUCUAAAGCUUUAAGCGCUACCAAACCAGUUGAUUUGGAUGCCUUAAUAAAUGAAAAUAGAUAUCUGCAAGAAAGGUUGCAGCAAUUGCUCGAGGAGAAAGAAUUGACGCGACAAUCUCUGUCAAAGUACAAGAGUAUGUUGGACAGUAAAAGGGCAAAAGGGGCUAUCAAGUUGGGGGCAAAUUCUGCGGCUGGAACAGUGAUGACUCACAAACAAGUCGAACAACUUCUUCAAGAAAGUUCUUAUAUACCACCUCAGAAGUCUGCUGCUGCCGUUACAGAUCUACGGUGCCUUUGCACUGCCUUACUGGAGGCUUUAAAUGACAAAACUUUAGCUCUGGCGCAUCAGAAGAAAGCGAACAAAAUAUUAGCAUUGAGAAUUUGUGAAUUGGAUAGCGCUGUACAGUCACCAACCACGAAGCUCUUGGAGGGAUACACAAGCGCCAAUGUUGAUUUGAGAUGUGAUAGCGAUUUCAACGAUUUAGAUCCUACAACUAAUGGCGGUAUAGAUAAUAUCGAGGAAAACAAUAUCAUAACAAAUGAGAACAGCGUACAAUGUAACUCUUCGCCCGAAAGUCAAGUUAUGCAACAAUUACAGUCGAUACAAAUGAGUCUUCCAAAGAACUUGGGAGUAUUAGUUCAAAAGGCAUUAAAUAAUUUAAAGGAUAACGAUAAACAGAAGAUAUGAAAUUAAAAAUAUGUUACAGAGAAUACAUGUAUACUGUAUAUGUGCCUGCGUACAUAUAUAAUGUAUAUAUAGAAAGUAGGUUUAAAUAGGAUGGAGUAUUCUAAUGGACAGUAAUUAGUCGCUGCAUUGAUUUUU